AUGUCGAAUCUCAAUAAUCGCCAGCGUCUCCCUGCCCUCGAUCAAGAGCCAGAGAGAUUGCGACCCAUUGAGCAGCUUCAUCCCGUAUUACUCCACAUCGUCGAGCGUAUGGAAGAUGAACAAUCGUACAUUGUCUCGCGUAUCAUGUCCGACGAUGAAAUCGCCGAGGAAAGACUCCAAAGCCCACAAGUUCAAGACUUGCGGCACCGCGUCCACCUAUCGGCGAACGAGAUACGGCUUCUGCUGCGAGGCUCCCCGGAGCCAGAGGACGACGGCGAAGAAGUCGAACCCGUAGACGGCUGCAUCGUUUGCGCUUCCAAAAGCGAUGUGACUCUCGCGUGCGGAUGUCACUACUGUGGCCACUGCCUCCGAGAGAAUAUCCGAGUCGGCCUCCGCUCCGAGGUAGAUUUCCCAACAGGCUGUUGCAACAGGCCCUUUGACGAGGCCACAGUCCGUCUCGCCCAGCGUCCGGCACUGGUCCACCUGUUCCGUCAAUUGUCGGCCGAAUACAGCGUGCAACCAGGGGAGCGGUUGUACUGCCAUGACCCAAGCUGCGCAUCCUUCAUCCCGGCGAGUGCCAUCCAGCCGGCCGCCCGUGAUGAAGACAAUGCCACUGCUAUGGGCACAUGUCCGUCGUGCCGCAAGGCGACAUGUGCUGCUUGUGGCGGUAGAUCACACCGAGGCUUGCCGUGUCGAGAGGAGGAGGAUGACGAGGCGUUGUUGAAUAUGAUGGACAGCCAGGGGCUCGUGAGCUGCCCUAGGUGCGGCGUCGUGAUAGGCUUGAGAGACGGAUGUAAUCACAUGAGCUGUCUUUGCGGUGCUGAAUUCUGCUAUAUCUGCGGCCGCGACUGGAGAAGGCGAUGCAGUUGCCCUGAAUACAACGGCUUCGACAUGCGCGUGCCCGUGCGAGAACGGCCAGGCCGCCGGCCCAUCUUGCGCGGUGGAAGAGCACAUCUAGUUAGCAACGUUGAUGGGAUCCCCCGGAUUCCUCAGCUGCGAUAUGAUCCGGAAGACGAAGUCGCUCUAGCGGCGGUCGAUUACGCCCCCAUUGGCGCUUCUGUUCCAACGGCAGUUCGAAACCCAGCCCCAAACCGCGCGCAGGAGCCAAUCGCAAGGCGCAAUGAGGCCGAGCACAUGGAGAUUCCGGCACACAGAGAUGUUCCGCGGCCGCCUCAGCAUCGGCAGCACGCUCCGGUUGCCCGUCCAAACAACUUGAACCGGGGUCCCAUUGGUCUUCCGCCGAUCGCUGCUCUCUUCCCCUUCUUGGAGGAGGAGGAGCCUCCUCUCCCUAUCCCUGGCGCUUUUCCUGGCGCUUCUCUCCCUGGUGUUUUCCCUAACCUUUUCCCACCUGUUCUCCCUCCGCUUGUCGGUCACCUUAUCCCAUACCAUCCUCCUGAUCACCCGUUCAACAGCCGGCUCCCAGAACUACAUCCGCUGGCUGAUGGGGAUGUAGACCUGGUUGACCAUGCGAUUGAACAGCUUCGUAUCGUUACAGACGCGCUAGAAGAUCAACUCGAAGACACCAGACGUCAAAGUAUCAUGGCCAUAAGGGACCUUGAGAGACUGAUACGUCAAGACCGAGGGCUAGAUAUUUCGAACGCCAUGAACCAACUAGACCACCCAGAGGAUGUAGAAGAGUUGACUUGGAGCGACCUACAUUAG